UGCCACUCAAUCUCUCCUUUCGAGCUCCGAGCGAUCUGCCACCACCUCGGUCGGCGCACCCAUCUGAACAUGGGCUGCUUGAAGACUCUCGUUUACCUUUUGUUCAUGUGCUUGAACUCCAUAUUUCCAUUUCCAUAAUUAAGUGCUUCCCCGCGGUUUCUCCACCUGCGUCCUUGACCUUACUUGGAGCUUGGGCGCUGUUCCUUUCUGACCAUAUUUCACGUUUUCAUUUUCUUUGUAUCUUUCCGCGUGCAUCCUACCUAAUUACGGCACGCGCUUUUCUUUGUUCACUAUGGCAGACAAGAACGAAGCGCCGUCCACCUCCGAGGUGGUCGAGAACGGCGGAUACUCGAAUGGAGAAGUGGCGCCUAGGAAGAGAGGAGUGAUGAACACCUUGUAUCCUCCAGGAAAGACACCUGGUGCUGGACCAAGGAUAAAGAACCACUGCAGGAAGUUUUGGUGGUGCGACCUACUAGUAGUUGCCAUCAUCGCGCUGGUAAUUGUUCUACCAAUUAUCUUUGUUGCGAUUCCAAAUAAGGCCCAGCACGACAUCAAUGCAUCAACGCUUGAGGUCACAGAGCAAGACAUCACUUCACCACAACCAGAGGGACUUCAUCUUAAGCUCGUCAGUCUUGCAAAGAGCGGCAGCAGCUUUCAUCCAACUCUUGACGCCUUCCGAGCAUCGCUUUCUUUGAAAAACAAGGACCCGUUCCUGUUCAUUGAUAUCCCGGAGGCCAAAGCCAACGCGGAGACAACGAUUGUUGUCGAGCAGGAUGUUAAGUUUGCGUCCGCAGAUCAAUUCACGGAGUACAACAAAAUGGUGAUGGGGAGCGAGCAAUUCGAAAUCUACUUGAGCGGAAAGACCAAGGUUCAUCAAUCUGGCCUCAAAGGUAUCUCAGUCGACUACAAUAAGGUCAUUACUAUGAAGGGAUUAAACAAACUAAAGGGUCUCAACAUCACCGACCUAACACUCCUGAAUAAAACCCUCGACGACGGCUCUAACAUGAAAGGCAACGUCUUCAUUCCGAAUCCAUCCGUCAUGACGCUCUCCCUGGGCAAUGUGACAAUGAAUCUCGUCCUAGACGGAACGCCUAUCGGGAUUUCGCUCCUCCCCGACCUGGUCAUCAAACCUGGAGACAACAAUGUGCCGAUGCAAAGCACCGUCAACCAGAGCGCCGUCCUAAAUUACAUCAUGGCGAAGAAAACUGCAGUCAUCCCGCUCGACAUUCUCGGCAACUCUAGCAUGGUCGGCGAUCAGCAUCUCAAGUAUUUCGAGGCUGCGAUUCAGUCGAAUACGGUACGCGUUGACCUGAAUGUCGGACCUGCGCUUGCAGGAAUUGGGCUCAACGUGCAAACGCUCAUUGGUGGUGGUUCAUGAUUGAAAUUUGCGUUAUUCUUUUUUUUGGGUUGUGAUAUGAAUGGUUUUUCACGGUCACUGCAUUAUCACAGCUAGAUCAAGAGGCUCGGCGGAGGGGGGAAAGGAGCCCAGGAGGCUUUUUACUUGUUGAUACCAGAUCGGGUGGGUAAGCGUCAAUGCAAUCCGCGAGAUUUGCCUUGACAUUUUUGAAGAGAUUGUAAUGUACAUGCCAGCACACGGCAAUCCGGAAUGUGUUCUUGUGAGCAGUCAAUAUACAGCUAAUAAGUGACCGCGAU